AUGAGAUGUCUGAGGGCAGCCUGGAAUCACUGUUGCUUGCUGAGCCCUCUGAUAGCUUGUCAGAGAAGACCAGAGCAGAUAGCUCUGACACAGACCUUGAGAUCGAAGAUGCUGAGAGGUCUUUUGGGACCAUACAGGGUGCAGAGCUGUAUCUGGAAGCUUGCAAGCUGGUGGGUGUGGUGCCCACCUCAUACUUUCUUCGGAACAUAGAGGAGCCCUACAUUAACCUGAAUCAUCAUGGUCUAGGUCCCAAGGGUACCAAAGCCAUUGCCAUCGCCCUGGUGUCUAAUACAACCAUCACCCAUUUGGAGCUGGAAGAUAACUGGAUCCUGGCUGAAGGAGUCAUAUGCCUGGCACAGAUGCUGAGAGAAAACUGCUACAUUCAAGAGCUGAACAUCUCCAAUAACCACCUUGACACAGAAGGAGCUGAAGCCAUCUGCCGGAUGCUAAUGGAUAAUAUUUCCUGUCUACGGGCCAUUCGGCUCUCAGGAAAUAACUUUAGAGAGGAGACCGCACCAUACUUUGCUGAGGCACUGCUGGGCAAUUACCGAGUGAAGGAACUGGACCUCAGUCACAACGAGUUCUCUGAGAAGGGAGGAGAGCACCUAGGACAGAUGCUUGCUAACAAUGAAACACUAGAAUUCCUAAACCUGAGCUGGAACCACCUGCAAAUGAAGGGAGCCAUGGCAGUGAGUGCUGGUCUCAGGGUCAACGGGACACUGAAGAUACUUGACCUGUCAUGGAACGGCUUUGGGAAUGAGGGGGCUCUGGCCCUGGGGGAAGCUCUCAAAGUAAAUAACGUUCUGGUCCAACUGGACAUCAGCACUAACCACAUCAACAACGAAGGGGCUGAGAAGCUGUGCAAAGGGCUGGAAGUCAAUGGAAACCUUAGAAUCCUGAAGAUGUCCAAUAAUCCCCUGACAGUAGAAGGUGCUUUUUUGUUGAUCACAUCCAUCAGGAAGAACCCAAAAUCCAGAAUGGAAGAGAUCAACAUCUCAAAUGUACUGGUGAAUGAAAACUUCCUCAACCUGCUGGAUGCAGUAUGUCAGGGGCACCCUGAGCUAGAUGUCAUCUAUGGUGGGGUAGGAGGCUAUAUCUCCAAAAAGCCAGAACAGCGCCCAGACCCAAUGAAGCUGAUUCAGAACUACUUGAAUGAGCGCAAGCUGCGACUUCUGGAUUUCUUUAGGACCAUGGACAAAGACGGAAGCAUGAAGAUCCCAGUGGCAGAGUUCCGGAAAGCCAUGAUGCAGCAAUCAAGCAUCCUCCUUGAUCGAGCCCAGAUUAGGGAGCUGGUGCAGAAGUUGGAUGGGAAUCGGACAGGGGUGGUGGACUACAGUUAUUUAAAAGAGCAGAAGCCUAAAGAAGAGGAGAAGGAAGAGCCCUAGGGAGAAGCCAGGAGACAGAUCAGCUCGUUAAAGAUAAAAGGAGAAGUGCUGGAAGAAAGAUAAGAUGAAGUGAACCUUGGCUUGAGGCAGUAAAGGAUCUAGGAGGGGUUGAUAGUCAGAAAUAUUGGAUCUAAAAAUUA